AUGAAUUCUCAACUCGGCUCCACUUCCAACUCAAACCAGAAUGCAAUUGCAAAACCCAUUGCCACGACAAACCAUCCAUCAUCACAACAUUUGCGUCAACAAGCAUCUUCGUCGCCAAUUUACAGCCCAUCACAACAGCCACUGCAUCAUCAUCACAAUGAAUAUAUGGGUCCAUCAAAACCAUCACUUCACUUUGUAGGUGGCUAUCAUCAACGAUUUCCAGCUUACAUGGAUUGUAAGGAAGGAUGGCGAUUGAAUGACCCAAAAACAAAACAUCCACACUCGACUACUCACAACUGCAGUAUCAAAGACCAUAUCAUUAUUCACGGAAAUGACUUUGAGAGUUGCAAAUGUUACAUGAAACUUCGUGACAAUGAAGAAGGAAAAACAGUAUCAGAAUCAUUCUUCUCAUACGAUCAUCACAACCACAGAUAUUUUGUCGAAUUUCCAGUGGUUUCAAAGAUUAACAACAUGAAAGGAAAUACAAGCAGUAGAGUGGUGUACAUUGAUAUCUAUGACUCGAAGAACAAAUUGAUCUGCGUCUCAGACGCUUUUUGGGUUCGAUCAAGAAGUCGAAGUCAAAUGAUGCUCGAUUUGGCAAAACGAAAACGUGAGCAAACAACUUCAAGCCCUCAACAACUGGCUGGUCCCACUUCACAUAGAACAUUCUCUACCACAUCUACCACUUCGACGACACCAUAUACAAUCAGCACUACGAGUCCAGGUUCUACUACCUCCACAACACUCGAAGAGGAAGAUCGUGACUCAAUGACUUCAGCAGAAAAACAGCAAUUGGGAUCAGCCAUGAUGAUGGUUGACUUUUCGAAUAGUGGUGGAGCAGCAGCAACCACGACAUCAACCACACCAGCCUCGACACUGUAUCCCAUGGGCUCCACUCCUCUCCUUCAUGGACAAUCGACACCCAUGAUCAAUGCUUCCUCAUAUCCUUUCGCACCAGGUACCAAUUAUCUGAGUUCUCCUUCCCCAAGCUCUUCACAAACAAUAGAUCCAUUAUCGUCAUUGGCUACUGUUGCUACGAGCAUGGCAGGAGCUGCACCCUUAACACCCUCAUCCACUUCACACAAGCAAGUGCUACCAAGUAUUGACGCUCUGACAUUGGGAUCUGACGAUGAUGGUGGUAGUAGCACUACAAACCCACUCGUUGAAGACCACUCAUCUUCUGCCAUUCAAUUACCUCAUAUCGAUUCUUUCAUCAAAAAGAGAAAGUUUGAAGAUAGAUAUCGAUUGCAGGACAUGUACAGUCAACUCGAAAGAAAUAAGGAAGACAUUUCGAGAUUGAGCAGAAUGCUUGAAGAUCAAAACAAGGUCAUUCAAGAAUUGAGUAUGAAAAUUUCAAAUAUGGAGGCUCAAAGUAAAAAACCAAAAUUUAAUUAA